AUUUCCCAAAUGCAAACAUAAGAUAACUGUUCCGUGCGAUCUACCUCAUAUUCAUACUGUACGAGAGCGACAGCAGCACAGGAGUGUAUGCUUGCUUCUGCCCUUUUGACGAAACUUCAGUUCCACACCGAGAUGCUACGAUUAUCCUCUCUGCGCACCUAGCCAUCAGAAGAUGAUGCCCUCGAACCCGACCAUCCGCCAUGAAUCAGUUACAGUAUCAGUCAGGGCAUCGGCAGCAACAGCAGCCUCCGCCGUCGCUCUCAAACGGCGCUCGGAAUGGCUCUCUAGGCAGUGCGUCCGGAGUCAAACAACCAGAGCCUCUUGAGACCAAUCAAUCCCGCGCCGCGCGUUUCGAGGAUGAGAAGAGACGUAUUGUUGAAAGCUGCUUCAACAAGAGGGACCAGGAUGGCAUGCAGGUGGAAUCAUACAUUACCCACGUUAGAAUACUAGAGGACGCUUCCUAUCCUUCGUCUCCGCCGCCGCCCGAAUCUCCUGCAGCCAACAAGAAGAACAGAGUGAUUCUCGUCGCGGUGCGAAGGUCGGGGAAGGUCAGGGUCCAUAAGGCUCGAGAGAAUCCUAAUGGCACCUUUUCUAUUGGUAAAACGUGGAACCUGGACGAGCUGAAUGCCAUCUUAUCAUACUCAUCGUUGGUGCCGGCCACGCCGCAGCAGCAAAUGGAGAAGCAAUGGGCUUCCAAUACUGGUUUCACAAUCACCUUAGGGAAGCCUUAUUUCUGGUCGGCACCGACGCCAAAAGAGAAGGACUUCUUCAUUGCCAGUUUGAUCAAGAUAUAUCGAAAAUACACAGGGGGGAAGGUGCCAGAUCUCAUCGGAUUCUCACCACAAGACGCGGCUCAAUUGAUAGGCAAUCCGGCUCCUCAAAGUGCUCCUCCGCCCAGAGGUGCAGGCACUUUCUCUCCCGCUGCUCCAUCCGACCGAUCGACACCUCCUGCGCAACCACCUUCUGUAGCUGCACUGAAUGCGAACCGACCGCAGUCGCCGUACACUGCCCAUCACCCCCCACCAAGUAGAGAUGGCAACAGAAUUGUGUCGCAAGAGCAGGAGCGGGCUUACUCGAGGCAGGAUCAACCCCAGAUGGCUAGAGAUGGGCCCGUACCACCUCCCCAGUUUGACAAUCGUGCCCCUUCGAGGCAGGAGCGAAGUACGCCGGUGCAGGAUCUUCCCAGAAACCAGCCCCCUAGUGCUCAGUACCGACGGGAUGAUGGACGCGCACCUUCGUUAACAAACAAUAUGCAAUCAACACCGCCGCGGCCCUCCCUCAGUCCUAAAACCUCCAAGACUUCUUUGUCGAGGAACGAGCCUGGUCUUGAGCCACAGCCGUUGAGGACAAACGGCGUAGGUGCAGCAAUUAUGCCUGCGGGCUUGGACUUUGCCGGUAAGAGACUGGGACCUAAAGCCAGUCAAGAUUCUUUCCGCAACGCUGGAGGCAACAGCGGCAUUGGUAGCCCAAGGCCGAGCAUCGCACCCGCAGACCGCAGGGCUCCAUCCGAAUCGAGACCUGACGUACCAGCAUUUGUUGAACCGUUACCUGAGAGGAAGAGGCCGGUGGCACCACCUCCCGAGCCUGUCGCAGAUCAAUUGGGUCCCCCAAGCCAGGAUGGCGACACUUUUGUCACCCCCAUGGGUACGCCAACAAAUUUGAAAGAAGAGGAGUCGCAAAAGCGUGCUCCAGACUACUUUGCAGCGAGACAACCUCAGAAAGAAUCCCAGCCAGAUGAGCCUAAACCAGCACUCCUUAGCAAUGCCACGCAUGAGCCUAGCAGCCAGGAUGCGCCUCCUAGUCAGAUCACAAACGAAAGAGUGACAGCUGAACCCGCUGAGACUGUACCGCCACCUCCCAAAGUUGAAGAGGAGCAUCGCCCUGGACUAGGACCUAUGAUCAAAAAGAAAUCUGGUAAAGACAUAGCCAAUCAAUUUCGAAGGGCUGCUCUUGCCGCACAGGCGUUCCAGCCUCGUCAAGGUGGUGCUGGCGCUCGUCUGAAGGCCCUACAAGAGAAAGAGAAGCAGUCAAACGAGCCUGACGGUAUCACUUCUGUUGUUCCAGCGCCUUUACAACGAGGCAUGAGUGGUGAUAGCGCCAGAACAGGCACCCCCGACUUGACUACUCCUAGUGUUGAAAAGGAACUGCCCGUGGUCAAACCCAACGAUGCGAUCCCUAAAGUUCAGAUUGAGCGGACAGCAACCUCCGAUAGUGUUGCAAGGCCUCAAACGCCGGUACAGAAGCCUAUUCCCGUGACCGAGACCCCCGAAAAACAGGCACGCGGGGAGUCUCCAGAUAAAGCACGAUCACGCUCACCACAAAGAAGGCGUAGACUGAAGUUGGAAGCCGAGGUGGAAAAAUACUGCUCAACCUUGGGCGUGGAUCCACGUAUCAUGGACGGUCGUGGUGCAGACUUUAACGAGCUCCUGACAGAGUUUGGAUGGGAAGGCAAGCUUGCUGACGAAGAGAAAGUGGAAGAUUUUGAAACGAGUAUUCGAAGAGAGAUCGGCCGCGCUCAGGCAAGUGGCUGGCUUGGACAUGUUGAACAACAGGAAACUAAAGUACAAGAGUUGGCGAAAGCAUUCGAAAAGGCCAUUGCAGAAUGUGAAGAGCUGGAUGGCCUCCUCACAUUAUACGCACACGAGCUCGACACUCUACACGACGAUAUUGAAUAUAUCGAGGCUCAGGGUCAAGGUUUACAGGUGCAGACAGCCAACCAGAAGUUACUACAAUCUGAGUUGGAGAGCCUCCUAAAGAACUUGACUAUAUCAUCUGGGGAUCUGAGGGCAUUAAGAGCCGCGCCGAUUGACAGUUACGAUGGUCUACAGGCUAUCGAAGGUUCUUUGGCCUUGCUGUACCGAGCAAUGUUGACGAUCGAUCCAGAAAUCCGGCAGAACAAACUCCGACAAGCUGAUGCCUCGACUGGUCGCGUUGGCGUGGGCCAAUUUGCAGACGCCGAGAUUGGGCAAAUGCGUGCGGUCCAACAGAAAAAAGACGAAUAUAAAGAGGAGAGCACAGUUUUCUUGAACCGACUCAAUCAACAUAUGAAGGCGAUGUUCCAAAUGGCCGAACAGCGAACAAGCGAGGAGAAUGCAACAGCCAGUAUUUCUUCAGGUACAUCUACAAACCUCAACCUCCGAGCAUAUGGUGCCUCGAGACAAGACCUGUGGAUGUACAAUACCAUGAUGCUGUUUGUCCGAGAAGUCAACCAAUACGAAUGGCAGACGUUGAUCAGUAGCUAUGAGAUAAAUGUGAAGAGCAUAUAUCAGUCACAAUUUCGCGAUUAUUCGAUGAGCCUCAAGAAGACUGCACGGAAGCCAACAGGGGAAGAACAAGAAAUCCUGUUCACCCAUCAGGAGAAAGAGAAAGCCGAGGAGUCACUCACAUCCACAGCUGCUCGAAAGUUGACGGUCAAGCGCGGCAGGACCGUCAAGACCAGUGCCCUGCGCCAGUCGAUAGGAGGGGAGAGGCGAGAUGGCAGACCUGAAGCGUGGACAAUAUUCGAUACUGUGCUUGAACAGCAGGCUACAGCCAUCUCCGAAGAGCAGAAUUUCAUUGUCCACUUCUUCCAUCUGGACUCCCAGUCAAACACUGAUUUUGCAGAGAUUGUACAGUCUCGAUCUCCUGACCAGCGUAAAGUGCCGAAUUUGCAGGCGAAGCAGUCUUACGACCCAGACCGCAACAUGGCCAAGAUCGUCCAGAACACUGUUGGUGGUAUUUAUUCGUUCUGGGAAAUGGAUCUGCAAAACCUGAUCACUUGGGUUUUGAAGAUGGACGAGAUCCAAGGUGUCGGAGUGCUGGUCUCUCUCGAGCAGUGCUUGGCCAAGUACGAAGAGACUAACCAAGAAUUCAUCACUAGAACCGUCAGGAUCCUCCAUGAACGUCUCACAGGCAAGUUCCACGCCUUCGUCGAACAGCAGGUCAAGGCUAUCGAAGAAACCAAGGUCAAAGUCAAAAAACGAAAGGGUCUCAUUUCAUUCAUGCGUGUCUUCCCCGAGUUUACGGCGGCCGUGGAAGAUAUGAUACCGCAAGAGUUCACCCUUGACUCGCUUGAUGUCCGGUUCACUGUGAACGAUGCCUACACGCGUCUCCUCAAAGCAAUGUGGGAGUCUCUCAAUUUCAUUGCGAAGGACAAUCCCGCGGGCGCCAGUGGGCCUACGAGUGCAAAUGCGCCAACGAGCGGAGACCCCGAGGAUAAAGAGGCUCUGAACUAUCAUAUCUUGUUGAUUGAGAAUAUGAAUUACUUUGUCGAGGAGGUCAAAACGCAUAACAAUGGUGUGCUCGAUGAGUGGGUUGAGCGAGCCGGCCAGGACCAGGUCAGCCAUCUUGGUCAAUAUACGGAUGCGGUGAUACGUCGACCACUAGGCAAGUGGCUCGAUUUCCUAGAGAGUACCGAGGCGAUGAUGAAAAACAUCUCGAGCGGCGACUAUGCCAGUAUUGCUAGCAAGCCCAGCCAUUCACGCAGCAGUGCGAAGAAGAUUCUCGGUGUGUAUGAUAUGAAGGAGGUGCGUAAGGGGGUGGAGACUCUGAAGAAGAGGAUCGAGAAGCAUUUCAGUGAUGCGGACGAAGGCGGACUGGGAGCCAGCACGAGCAGUCUGAGUCGUGGGUUGAUUGGACGUGUGUGUGAAGAGUGUGCGACUCGCUAUGCGCAUGCAUGGGAUAGGAUGAGAGUUGUGAUUGACCGUGUUUAUGAGGGUGGAUUGGAGAUUGAAUGGAGGAAGGAGGAUGUUCAGAUGAUGUUUAGGCGUUGAGAUGAGGUGUUGUGAUCUGCAUGUUGAUGAGCCUAGCUCUGUGCUAGUGUAUAUGUAUAUCAUUUUGAAUCAGCAAGCAUUUUACUUCGUAUAGCAUGG